AUGCCCUCCAGGUUUGACGUGCAGAAUGGUCCCUCUUGUUUGCAGUACCUCCUGUUUCGUAUUUCUCCGAAGCCUCAAAGUUUAUUGUUGCCAAAACACCACUUGUUUUUAACAGACUUGUUUUAACUUUCUGAGUGCUUGAAAAUUUUGUGACAGGCUGUAGUUGUACCAUGUGCAUGCACAGUAACCCUGCAAAAUGGGUUCAUUGUAAUGAAGCACAGACACGUAAAACAUUUGAUUCUUUAUCAAAAACGCGAUUUACAAGUCGUUUUAUGUGUACUGUUAGUAAUGGGAAGUGAGCUGCAAUUCCUAGUAGGACUGAUUAGCUACCUGAUGCACUCUUUUCUCGGAAAUCUCGCGAUUGAGCUAUCUUGUCAUUUGGUUGGAUGGCAAGUUUGUCGAUUAUUCGCAAUCGCUGACAAGCAUGCUUGACAUAUGAAGGAUCCUACCCGCAUACUCGUCGCUAUUGUUGCGUGCGUAUCGCUGCGUCCUGUGCUUUCAAGUACUCUCGGCUUCUCUCUUUUAUAUCCUUAUUUGAUUCAGUAACCCACUUGUUGUUAUGUUUGAAGUGUCUAGGUACGGUCUCGGAUGUUUUUUAUCACAAGAGUCCUUGUUUCACUUUGUUCAAAAUAGUAACACAAAAGGACUUCAUAAUCGAAGCGCUUAUGAAUAAAGUAUUGUGAAUGGAAUUUGGAAAUGUGUCAUUGAGGAUGUAAAUUGCAAGUGAGGAAAUCUUAGAGCACUUGUUCGAAUCUUUAGAAUGCCCUUGUCGUAUCGAAAGCAGGCCGAUAUCUUUUAUAACAGCCUCACAACCAAAAGGUUAGAAUCAAAGUCGCCCCUGCUACACGUGAAUGCGUCGUGUAUGACUGACUUCCCGGGUAAGUUUUGUGGGACCUCAUACGGGAAUAAAUAAAACAGGGUUUUGAUGGUGGAAAUCGCGGCCAAAAUCAGCAUGUGGAGGGUGUACUCUGAAUUUACCCCAAUAAUCCCAUGUACCAGGUCCACUAAAUAUCAGCCAUAAACCCAGACUUUCAUCUUAUCUUAACUGCAGUCCGUAGGUUUGGCUCUUAACGUACUCGUAGGUAGUAGGAUUACCGUGAAUUUCUGCCAACUUUUGCUGAUAUCUAUGCAAAACUGUUUGUUAUUCCUUCCUGAAAUAAGACCCAUGUAGUUUAAUAUUUACUCAGCUGCUACUAACAAACUGAAUUCUGCAAUAAUUUACCGUACUAACAACACAGGUAUUAGCUAAAAGCCCAGACACGCGUGUUUCGCCGAUCUUGUGCCGCUGCCUGACGCAGCUGCGAGCAAGGCAAACUGAAUUCUGUGUGAUUUUGCCUCCGUAUGGCGAAUCCGUUCGUAUAUAUCUUUUUUUAAAAUCUUUAUAAUGCAUGGGCCCUCGUGACAGAUAUGCGCUUUGAAGUUGCGAGAUCCAGUGAGGUUACUGGUACGCUGCUCGAUAAAUUUAGGGCCAUUUGAUUGAACGUCGCUAUCCAAGUCUUAUUUGGGUGUUGAUCACAGUGCAUCGAGUACGUUUCAUACAUCAUUUAGAACAUUUUGUUGAUUGGCUGGCAACUAUGUGAGGAAUACAAAGCAGUCCUUGGAGUCAGGUAAAAGUGAGCAUAUUUAGAGCAUAUUUAUUCCAUCUUCGCUUUCAUUUCGAGGUACGAAAGAAUUUAUCCAACAAUUCCCUUAUGUGUAAACGUUUGGUACUAUUCAGGUUAAUCAAGCACAUAUUUUGGACCCGGGCUAUAUACUUAAAUAACUUGUCUCAUCAUGCGUUCUACUGGUUCGAUUAAUUUUAUGAUUGUCUGGUGAAGUGAGUAUGUUUGUAUGUUUGCCGUUCGUGCACUGAAAUACCGCAGUUGUUUCCCAUUAUUCUCUUCGGAUACUGGUAGAGAAGUGAGGGUCUUUGCCUUCGUCAUGCGUAAUGAUAUGUUGUUCACGCGAUUUGCUGAAAGCAACCUACUCAGACUUGCGGAAACGUAGAAUUUCCGGAAUACAACUGCAGUUAUCUUUCUGGACUUUGCUUUAUGUCAUUUACCCUAUUUUUUAGCUCCCACUGGUCGUCUCGGAGGCGGAGUCGGUCACGGUCACGGUGCGUCUGACUUUCAUCCCGAAGUAUAGUUUCGAAUGAAACAUCUUCGUAAAUCAUUCUACCAGCAUGUGAUCCUCACGCUUGUGGCUUUUACCUUUACAGUUACUAUGACACAUUCGAAACUGAUUGUUCACUGCGCCCAUGCACAGCCCCCCCCCUUGCCGAGGAGCAUCAAAUAUCCUCUAGAUAGCAGUUUCACCUCGGCCGUUCUCUAUGCACUUUGCUGUGCGUGUGCCUUAGUGUUUCUAAUCGACACCAACUGACCCAGCUCCCUGCAUUUCUUGCAUUACCCCGUCCACUGCUACCUGGGCGCGUCUUAUAAAAGCCAUUACAUGAGCAUUCCAUUCACUAGCCGACCGCCAAAUAAAAUUGCAGGGAAGAGGAACCCAGGAGAGCAGGGUGUGUCCAGUGACGUAUGUGCUGCCUAAGAAAAUAAGCAAGCAGCCGUGUUACCGGGCGUGCAUAGUUGAGGUAUUGCACACCAAUUACCUUGUUUGAUGCAUGCGCUUGAGUCGUAGUAUGAAUUUUGCCUCUAUAAAGUCAAAUUCCUAAAUCUGUUGUCUUAUCCUAUGGAUGGUUUUUCAGCGAAAGGUUGUAUAAAGGUAAUGUCCAGGAAGAAAUCAACUGUCAAACCUUAAGUCCGCUUAUUUUGUUCGAUCAUCUUGAUUGUGGGAGCAUAAGGACAAGGGAUGAGUUUGUGACGCUUGUAUAGCUCGGCUGCAGCUGCUUUUGUUGCGGAACACAUUGUCUUCAGGCAGUCAGUAGGAGAGCUGGACCUGUAGCCGGAUUUGAUCUUAGGUGUUGCGAACCGCUAAACAUUUGGGACACACUUCCCUGCUGGAGUAACGGCAAAAAACUGAUAAAGUCGCCGGCUAUACUCAGUUCUGCUCAGGAACGAUAGAGCGUGACCAUUGCUUUAAGCAGGCGGUCCCCGUCGUUUCAUUUGAACUAUUUCUCUAUAAAUGGGUAUCUUGGUUUCUGUAACAUCAGUUGCAGGAAUAGCUUGAUCGUCAGAAUAGGUCUUAGGACUGUCUCGUUUUCGCUCGUUGUGUUAUGUUAGCACCAGAGCUGUCAUGUGGUUAUACGGGCAGCGUCUGAGGGUGGUCCUGACCAGAGGUCUUGACCAGAUUCUUAGCAGGGUGGACUGGCUUGCCAGCAACUGUCCCUCACAUCAAGGCGGGUUCUUGAUAGAGCAUCAGUUGGGUUAGGAAGCUGGUGGUAACCUUUGGCCUAUUGGAGAAGACUCCUGCAGGCAAAGUCACUAUGGAGUCAGGCCGACUAGCGCAGUUUGCUAAUUAGGGCAGCAAUCUUUCCCAUUGCUCUGAUAACCUACUUUUGUCCGACAAAAACGGGAAUUAUCAUAGGAAGUGCGUUCGCCGAUCGGGUUAGAGGGACAUCCUUGUCUCGUUGAACCUUGGGGCUCAGUCUUGAACCUUUGCCGGCGGUCGCAUAUCGACAGGUAGCAUGCAGGGAGUGAUUUUCGACAAAGACGAGGGAGAUUUGAAUGACCAUCUAUGGAUCACUAGCCAUUAUCAGCCAGCCACACCCAUCUUCGGGUUCGCAGGACCGGGGAUUCGAACCCCGGAUUUAUGGUCCUCUGGCGGUUACAGGUUGUUAGCUUUGUCGACUUUAAUGACCAAUGGUCCUGACUUCGAAUUUUACACGCUACCAACCUGGAGUUUUGGUGUGGCGGACUAAAAACGGCUGAUAAGUCACGAAUUGUCGUCCCAAUCCUCGUAGUCUUUGUCAGUACUCCUUGCAUACGUUACUUGUCGCCAUGGGGUUGCCUGGGCGAGCAGUACAUCGAACCCCACGGUUCGACGGGACGUGCACGUACCGUAAGCCGAUGGGUUAGUGCCAAUCCUGCGCCAGAUAAUAUUCUCGAUAGGAACCUAUAGGAUAGCGGGCCCGCGGCUCGAUGGUAGAGCGUCGCACUCCAACCGCUCAAUGGACACAGAUCUGGGCCUUCAAAUCCCUGGUCAUGCAACUCGGGAUUUUAGUAUGGUCAAUAAACCAGCGAUUGCCGUUCCAGUCCGCCUUGUUUCUCACUGUCUUUCUAAGAACGGAAAUUUUCUGCAGGGCGUCUGACCUACUGAGGACAAUUCUGCAGGAGUUGUUUUCAGACAAAUGGGUGAUCGUUGCUCGCGUCCCUGCAUUCGAAGACACAAUUCCGUAGAUGUCAGUUCUCUGUCCAAAAUCUCCACAGCCACACUUUUAUGGCACCAUAAUAACGUUCACAAAACAGCCUUGCUGCAUAAAAGUAUAGGUAAUGUUUUCUCCUGAGUCAACAUUCGCUAAAAGGUUUGAGGACCAUUCGGAUUUUGAAUGACGGGAACUGGUAGUAUCGUUGGCAUGCUCAUUUGGCUCAUACUUUUGAUAUAUUGACCCUUAAUACUUUUCGUCCAAGUCGAUAAUGGUAAUUGACAAAGAAUCGUCUGUGGCCUUGACUUAUGCAUUUCCUACAAGUCAAUUACUGAUAUGUAGGGCUUUUUGUGGUGAGGAACUAUGAUAGUAAGUCCUCCUGCCACCGCCCUCAUUUCACUGAUAUCACUUUUUUCUCCUUAGCUCGAGGGACCGUCACCCCAGACACCGCCAUCGCCAUCGUCGAAGGAGUCCGUCAUCUUCGCCGUAAGCGAAUUUGUAUUGCGCAUCUUGAGAAAGGACUGAAGCGUUGGUUUGUAACCAUGGAAAAUAGCAUAAUUAGUGCGCUUUUACCUCCUAAUGGAUGAACUAGCCGUCGAAGCCGCAAAUUUGACUACACAUCAUUUGGCAGUAACAAAACGCAUUAACAGUUUGGAAUAAAAAUAUGUAACUCGUGGUUUUUUGCACGGGGAUUCUUAUACUUUUUUACUACAAUAAUUCUUCGAACUCUUGCAUCCUUGCGCUACCUGGACAUUAGUUUACUACGCGUGCCCCUAGCUUUGAUACAACACUACUGCACAUGCAAAGGUUCUCUAGCAUUAAGGCCCUGAGUACCAGAUCUGGUGGAUAUAUUAGUGAGGUGUAUAGAUGAGACUCCAAGAUUUACGUAUUUGAGGUUAAGGUAUGGCCACCGACGUAUCAAAUAUGUCAAAAUGGCCGCUUCAUUUUCCAUGUUUGUCACAAAGUCGCCGUCUGUUAUUUGAACUCCGAAGAGUGAUGUCAACCACCACCACCACCACCACCACCACCACCACCACCACCACCGCCACCACCACGAUCGUAGAACUGCUUUCUAAAUCCAUUUUGUUUACGUCAUGAUCCGUUUUCCGUCAGCUUUAGUGUCGUCAGUUAGUUCCUAUUGUGUUUUCCUAUUUGUCCUACCUCUGUUUUUUUAGCGACUCUUCUCAGGAUAUUAAAAUCCAGCUAAAGUAAGUGGAUCCUAUUCUCUGAGCUUGUUUGUUGCUCCUUCUUCCUGCCUGUGUUAUUUAUCUAACAAGCCUUCAGUGAAAUUGGCUGUUACCCUUAGAUAUACCGUACUGAACUAAUUUUCCAAUAUUGGAAUCAUUCUCGGACUGUCAGUUAUCUUUUUUCCCAGCCUAUUAUGUGUAAUCUUCACCCGACAGAUACCCAGUCAUCAAAAGAGAAACCGCGGGGCUUAUUGUAGUCUCGGGUGAAGCUCAUCAGUUUACUCCCGUUUAGUACAAGGCUGGUAACUGAACCCAUAUUGUAUCGAAUGGUUUCAUGUAGAUGUAGUUAAGUAAGGCCUUCGGCACAAGUCCUGGUGAAUGAGUUUGACUUUAACCUGUAGUUAGUGACAUACUGGUUUUUUUUAUUGAGGCUUUUCUUGCGUGUUUGACGGGUGUAAGACCGCCAGUUAAGUAUUACAUAUUUGUUUUCCCUUUUUUUCGCAAAAUGAAUUAAUUUUAUGGGGAAAAAUUGGAGAAACAUUUGCUCCUUAUGUUAAAUUGAGGGAAAAUAAUCUUGGAAUUCAUUGUUUAAAAGAGCCUAACAUUUCAGGCUAAGAAGUUAUAAUUUGGGAAUUUGGACGUGCGCAGGAAUACCAGAAAAUCUGUCGGUCUUUCCAGAUAGAUUGUCGCAUUUUAUAAGAUUUUAAAUUUUCAGUGUUAAGAUAACAUAUCACUGUGUUUAUUGGUAAGAGACUGUUUCAUAUUAUCGACAUUGUCAAUCUCACUUGAGUAGCUUUUUUAUGCUAGAGGGCACACUCCUCUACGUUAUGCCUUCCCGGUACAUUUCAUAAAAUCCUUAAUUACGUACUUUUUACCGAUCCCCAACACACGGUUUCUUCCUCUGCAGACCGCUAGUACUGGCAUCUGACAAUGAAAAGCUUCGCAGCCAAGACAUUGCUCAGGUUGAGAGUGCGGGCUUUAUACAGACUGCUUUCUGCUCCUCCCGUAAUACGCCCCAGGUAGGUUUCGCAGCUGAGCUGCUUUUAUUUAUCUGCUAGGGUGGCAAUUUCGUCUUUGAUCAUGCAUAA